AUGAGCUACGGAGACCGCUACACCUCGUCGUCCUACCGAAAGCUUUUCGGGGACUCCCCCAGGUUCCCCGUCUCCUCCUCCCGCAUGAGCAGCUCCUCUCCUCGGGGCUCUCCGGUGCUCAGGUCCAUGGCGGCUCCCCGCAACAGCGCGUCCUCCAUGAGCCUGUACAGGAGGGUCGGCCGCUCGUCCCUCUCCUUCUCUCCGGUACCGACCGGCUCCCUGGACUUGACCCAGACCUCUGUGGUCAAUAAUGAAUUAAAGGUCAUCAGAACUAACGAGAAGGAGCAGCUGCAGGGUCUGAACGACCGCUUCGCCGUGUUCAUCGAUAAAGUCAGACAGCUGGAGCAGCAGAACAAAGUGUUGGAGACGGAGCUGGUGACUCUGCGGCAGAAGCAGGGCGAGCCGUCCCGCGUGGCCCAUCUCUACCAGCAGGAGAUGAGGGAGCUGCGUUCCCAGCUGGAGGAGCUGAACAGGGACAAAAACAGCAUCCUGAUUGAGAGGAACAACUUAGAGGACGAGCUGCAGAAGCUCAGUGUAAAGUAUGACGAUGAGGUGAGGGCACGGGAGGAAGCUGAGCAGACCUUGAGGUCUUUCAGGAAGGAUGUGGAUGAUGCGGCCGCCGUGCGCCUGGACCUGGAGCGCCGGAUGGACUCGCUGAUGGAUGAAAUCUCCUUCCUGAAGAAAGUGCACGAAGAGGAAAUUCAGGAGAUGAGCAGCCUGAUGGAGGCGCAGCAGGUCUCUGUGGAACUCGAGCUCGCCAAGCCGGACCUCACCUCAGCUCUUAAGGAGAUCCGCAACCAGUACGAGUCCAUCGCCUCCAAGAAUCUGCAGUCGGCCGAAGAGUGGUACAAGAGCAAGUUCGCAAGUCUGAGCGAGCAGGCAACCAGGAGCAACGAGGCCAUGAGGGCCAGCCGGGAGGAGAUCAAUGAGUUCAGGAGGCAGCUGCAGUCCAAGACCAUCGAGAUAGAGACCCUGAGGGGCGCCAACGAGUCUCUGGAGAGACAGAUCACAGAGAUGGAGGAUGCACACAACGCUGAAGCCUCAGCCAUGCAGGACACGAUUGGCCACCUGGACACGGAGCUGAGGAACCUGAAGAGUGAGAUGGCCCAGCACCUGAGAGAGUAUCAAGACCUGCUCAAUGUCAAGAUGGCCCUGGACAUAGAGAUAGCUGCUUACAGGAAACUGCUGGAGGGGGAGGAGACUCACUUUAACUCAGGGAUGUCGUUCAGUGCUGCCAGCUACAGCUACCACCCUCGAGCCUCAGCCGGCUCGUCCAGGAGCAGCCAGAGGGACAAAGAAGGAGCCAAGAAGGAAAGCUUCAAGGAGAUGGGCGAGGACAAAGAUGAGGCAGACAUCAAUUCCAACAACUGA